AGACCUGACUCACCCGGGCGUGAAGCAUACGGACAAACACAUACAAAUAUACACAGAAUUACAAAAAAAAAAAACCUAUCAAAACACACCCAACAUGGCUUUCAAAUACCCUGAAGCACGGAGGGAUGACAGCAAGGUGGAAGAUUAUCAUGGAGUAAAGGUUCCAGAUCCAUACCACUGGCUGGAGGACCCUGACAGUGACGAGACUAAGAUGUUUGUUGAAGAGCAGAAUAAGUUGACCAUGCCAUUCCUGGAACAGUGUACAGUCAAAGAGCGGUUUCACCAGCGCCUCAUGGAGCUCUACAACUACCCCAAAUACAGCUGUCCUUACAAGAGAGGAAAGAGAUAUUUCUAUUCUCAUAACAAGGGUCUGCAGAACCAGGAUGUGCUCUAUGUGCAGGACUCUUUAAACAGUCCUGCAUCUGUGUUCUUUGACCCAAACACUCUCUCAGAGGAUGGAACUGUGGCUCUCAAAAUGGGUCGCCUGUCAGAGGAAUGUGAGUAUUUUGCCUAUGGCCUGAGCAGUGCAGGCUCUGAUUGGGUGACUGUACAAUUCCUGAAGGCCGAUGAACUCACCAAACUGCAAGACGUUCUGGAGAGGGUAAAGUUCAGCUGCCUGGCCUGGACUCAUGAUGCCAAAGGCAUCUUCUACAACUGCUACCCUCGACAGCAUGGCAAAGCUGAUGGCACUGAGACCACAACAAACCUAAACCAGAAGCUUUACUACCAUGUCAUUGGCACAAGCCAAUCAGAAGACAUCCUGGUGGCAGAAUUUCCUGACAACCCAAAAUGGCACAGUAGCCUUACUGUCUCUGACGAUGGCAGGUAUGCUGUGCUGUCCAUCACCGAGGGUUGUGAGCCAGUGAACCGUCUGUGGUACUGUGACCUGCAGCAGCUGCCCAAUGGCAUCACAGGUCAGUUUGCAUUAACUCUUGUGACAACUAGCCCCGGAUUUGUGGAGUGUGUGAACCAGUGCUAUCUGCUGGUGAAUUAUGUGCAUGAUGUGAAGGACAUCUUACAGCUCUAUGAGCUGCAGUCAGGGAAACUGAUCAGAGACUUGCCACUAGAUGUGGGCACUGUAGUCGGCCUCAGCUGCAAGAAGAAGCACCCUGACUUCUUCUACAAGUUCACCUCAUUCACUACACCAGGCAUAAUCUACCACUGUGACCUGAGUCAACCCAACCCAGAGCCCACGAUCUUCCGGCAGGUGGAAGUAAAAGGCAUCAACCCGAGUGACUACCAGACAACUCAGGUGUUUUACCCCAGUAAAGAUGGCACAAAGAUCCCAAUGUUCCUGGUACAUGCACGUGACAUAGAAAGAGACAGCUCUCAUCCAGUAUUUCUGCAUGGUUAUGGAGGCUUUGAGAACUCAAUUCAGCCAUAUUACAAUACUGCAUACCUGCUCUUUAUUAGACACCUGGGUGGGAUCCUGGCUGUAGCUAACAUCAGAGGAGGAGGAGAGUAUGGCCAAACUUGGCACAAAGCUGGCACUCUUGGAAGCAAGCAGAACUGUUUUGAUGACUUCCAGGGUGCUGCCGAGUCCCUGAUCCAGGAGGGAUACACCACGGCCAGCCGGAUCGCCAUCAAUGGAGCUUCCAACGGCGGCCUGCUCGUGGCGGCAUGUGUAAAUCAACAGCCCGAGCUCUUCGGCUGUGCGGUAGCUAAGGUUGGGGUCAUGGACAUGCUCAAGUUCCACAAAUUCACCAUCGGUCAUGCCUGGACCACUGACUACGGCUGUGCCGAUGAUCCUGAACAGUUUAAAUGGCUCAUCAAAUACUCUCCUCUCCAUAACCUUCCUCAGACCCCUCGAGACGGGACCCCGUACCCCGCUAUGCUACUGCUGACAGCCGAUCACGAUGACCGUGUAGUUCCCCUGCACACUUUGAAAUAUGUGGCCACUCUCCAGCAUGGCAUGGGCCGCAGCCCCGGGCAAACCCAGCCGCUGCUGGUCAGAGUGGACACACGAAGCGGACAUGGAGCCGGGAAACCCACCGCUAAAGCCAUCCUGGAGAACACACACAUUUUCUCCUUUAUAGCUGAGACACUGAAACUCAGCUGGAGAGAAUGAGAGAGAGAUAAAGAGAUGAAGAAGAAGAUAAACAGAAUUAGCAAUUUAAGGAAAAGAGCACAAAUUAUCAAGUGAUUUCUAAAGAUUUUUUGACUGUCUUUAUGCAGGGAGACUGAGAGAGAGGAGAAGGGCAAGUAAGUGAAUGGAGAUAUAAAACAUGGAAGGUACUGAACUGAUUUUUUGUAGGAACUUGAUUUUGACUUUUGUUUCAGCACAACAAUGUUCAUUAAAGUAUGUUUUUUGGUAACACUUUACUUGAAGGGGUGUGCAUAAG